GGAUAUUCGACUGGACUGCCCAGCUGCGUGCGAUAUCAUGGGGCUAUAGGAAGUCUGAGACGCUCGUAUCUCGCAAAUCUGCGCGAGAUCAUGGCGUGAAAGGAUAACACCUCCUUUCAAAAGUGAUCUUCGCUGUCACAUCUCCAUCCUGCUCUCCAGCUUGAUAUACUUUUGGCUCCCGAUGGUCAUCCACUACACUGAUCUUUAGAGAUGACAGCGAGCCGUGGCACAAAGCGGAAGCCUUCAUCUCGUCUGAGGCGUUUCGUAGAUGCGCUGCCACUUUCCCUCAGUUACACAAUUCUAGCAAGCACAUGGAUUGGGUUCGUCUUCUUCAUCUCUGUGAAAGAGGUUCUGCUGCGAAGACAUCAGCUCUGGCGCUUUGUCGAACAGCAGAUCAUCUACAAUACACUCUGCAUUCUCGCUGUCCUUUCUCUAUUCUCAGCCUCAACUCAACAAGCGGGUAGCCCAGAUCCGACUCUGGAUCCAGAACGGGAUCUGGACGUACCAAAGCUGCUGCCCGCACCAAACUCCCUUCUCGCCAGUGAGGGAGACGAGGAUGAUAUUCCGUUGAAAUUCCUGCGCAAUUCAGAAUGGAUCCAUACGAGGAAGGGCAAAGACAGACCAUCGCCUCUUCCGCUGCCGGCACACCGAAUAGAAGAGGAGCAGGGCUGUCCCAGCCAACAUUCGGCCAGUCUUGCAGAGCCUGCCGAUUCGCCAUUUCCGUUCGCUGCCAGCCCUUUCGUACCUGCCACUGUCGAGGAAACGGGCGAGGACACGGAAGCAGAGACUUCGGGCGGUAUCUAUCGGAGAAGCUCCAGUGAUCAUCUAGACCAAGAGCACAAGGCAGAUGCCAUUGAUACCGAUCACCUCCUGCCUAGCAGUGCCGUAUCAAGCGGGCGUCGCAGCGUCAUGGCCAAAUCAAACGAUGGUACCCCAAGGUGGUGCAAGAAGUGCGACACUUGGAAACCAGAUCGAAGCCAUCAUUGUCGAUUCUGCCAGACUUGCAUACUGAAGAUGGAUCAUCACUGUGUCUGGAUUGGCACCUGUGUUGGGUAUCGGAAUUACAAGCCGUUCCUAUUGUUCGUCACAUACAGUAGCAUCCUCUCGCUCUAUGGCUCCAUCGAAUCCGGCUACGAGACUUUUCGCUUCUUCGAGGAUCCCGAGGCGUUCUAUCCAAACACGCCGCUGUGCCCCACCGGUCAGGAAUGCGUUCAAGUGCCUCAAUCCUUCGAUCUCGGACCAAUCUUCUUCAUGCUUUUAGCUGUCCUUGGCGGGUUCUUCGCACUCGCAGUGGGCUCGUUGGCCGGAUAUCAUUGGUGGCUCGCCUGCAACAAUAUUUCCACCAUUGAAAAUCUAACUCAUGCAUUUCCCUCUGUCCUGCUCGCGGAUCUAUCACCGCCUGGAGGGGGCGAUACAAGCGCCAGAUGGACGCCAGAUCAUCUCCUCACACGAGAGGAGAGGGUUAGGCUUCGGCGCGAAGCAAGGCAUAUCAACGUAUAUGAUUUAGGCUGGAAAAAGAACCUCGCUCAAAUCUUCGGAAAAGGGACUCUUCUGUCGAGCCUAUGGCCAUUGAGCCGACCGGCUGCAAAUUACGAAACAGACGCAGGGCACUUCUACCCGGUUGACGAAGAGAAGUUAGAAGGGCUCAAGCGCCUGACACGAGAGUUGCGAUUCCGAGACAAUGCUUCUAACGGAAGCGCUCGCACAUUUGUCGUUGACGAUGAAUCCGACAAUGAAAGCGAUCUCAAUGGCGAGCCUCUUCACUCUGCUCAAAGUUCCUCGAAGCGAUCUUGAUGGAGGCGAUGAUGUUGAUGGGGAUGAUAACUCACGGAAUGGAUCGCAAGCAUGGUUCGAAGCAUAGAUUGUUGUUGUACAAGGUGCAUGAACAGCAUAGCUAGCAGCGGCAUACGGGCGGCGCAAGAGCAUAUGGGCAUGGAUUAAGUAUGGGA